UCCACACUUCGAAGGACUCACCGCCGCUUGCAAUUAAUCUGGCGGACGACUCUUUGCAUCCUGGAGCUACAGAGCAUCAAGCCCCACUUACGCUUCCUUUACGUCUGCUCACACACGUAAUAGGCUGCUUGCUAGGUCCGAUCUCUUAGUGCGCUCGCCAAAUCCUCGUCGGCCGUCUUCAGACCACAUGCUCCGCCUAGCAAAUCACUACUGCAAGGCCCGCACCAUCAACGACCAUCUCCAAGACCGUUCUGGGACACAAUCGAACGUUCCAGGGUCCUAGUGAAGAAUACUUGGCAAAGUUCCGAAAAGCUACCACCGAUUGCCACGGUCUGUCCAGAGGGCAGCUGACUUGUACAACCCAAAAGAAAAAAGUUCUCGUCAGUCACAACCAGAAUGGCCGGCGCGGGGAAGACUUUUGUUGUCGAGCACCUGGACCCAGAACUUGAGCAGUGGUCCUCACUGGAGUACUCUGCCAUUGCUCAGGAAUGCCACGACACCGGAUCUCAGUUCCUCCUCUCAUCAGUGCCUACUUCCCUGAAGUUGCCAGAGAAGCUUCAGCAAGCUAAAGGUCUAAAUGUUGAGACGAGAGGUAUCGAAGAGAUUUACGCCGACCGCAAAAACCGCGUGUGUCUGCUCGACCCUGCUGCUGCCAAAGAUCUCAGCCCAGAGGAUGGUGACAACUUUGACAUCUUUCUCUUUGGCGGCAUUCUCGGCGACGACCCACCCAGAGACAGAACAUCUGAGCUGCGUAAGAAAGGCUAUGAAGGCCGCCGACUCGGUCCUGUGCAGAUGACGACCGACACCGCUGUGCGUGUCACAAGAAUCUGCGUCCAGGACAGAAUCCCAGUCGAGAAGAUCCCGUAUGUCGACCACCCAGAGAUCAGGACAAACGCGAACGAGAGCACCGAAAUGCCAUUCCGUUACGUCGUCGGUAAAGAUGGAGAACCCAUCAUGCCACCGGGCAUGGUUGAACUGAUCAAGAAGGACUCUGAGAAGAGUCUCGAUGAUCUUCUCUAAGAAAUUGCUGGGCCGGUUACGACCAUUAAGCAUCGACUCCUAAGAACGAAGUUAGAAGUAUGCCGAAAGUCUAUCUACGCCACUGUGGCACGCAGUCUUCAACAUGUCCCAGAAGAUGCCGUUUCCAGCAAUGCAGGGGGAAGUCGUGCACAAGGAGAGCUGCUGUGUGUAUUACGUUGUGGGAUAGGGGCCCAAAUCUGUGGGGAAGGGACGGGCCGACUGGAAGAUGUGCUGCUGUGAGUGUCGAUCCAUAUUCGGAGACCGUAUUGAAGGCUGGACACGAAUGGAAGUUGGUGACGCCUCGUGAGUUACUCAGUCAUGGAAGGGAGUGCUGUCAGGCCCGACACAUCCUCAAAGCAAAUGCAGGGC